AUGAACGGUAUGGGACGGCAGGGACAGAGAUCUGGAGCAGGAACGACGACCACUGUACACCAUCAUAUACAGUACUCCGAUAACUUCGUGGACACCUCAUCUAGUGGCCGAUGGCUUCAAUCUGCUGGUCUUCAGCACCUUCAGAACUUCUCUUCCGAUGGGGCUUCUUCUAUUCCUCCCCUCAGGUUUCCAGAUCUCUCUCUCAUCUCCGUGUCAGUUUCUUUCCCCUCUUUUCGGUUUAUAUUCAUUUCACCAACCAGUAGCUUCGUUUGGUUCCUCGGAAAAUUUGAUCUUGCUUAUUUGGGCACGAUAUCUUGCUUAUUUGGGCGCGAAUAUAAAGCUACUGCUGGUCUUCAGCACCUUCAGAACUUCUCUUCUAAUGGGGCUUCUUCUAUUCCUUCCCUUCAGGACUACAAUUUCUAUGGCGGCGGCGACGGGGGAGGACUAGGGCAGGGGAUGAGGGUGUACCGCAAUGCUCAGAGGGGGUUUAAUGGCGGCGCUGAGUUGUAUACUGAACCAUCAACACCUCCAGUUAGUUCAAGGCAAACCGGCCAGAGGAAGAGCGGGGUAGAGUCUCCAACAGAGUUCAGUCCUGGGAUUUUGGAACUUCACUCAUUUGAUACUGAGUUGCUUCCUGAGUUUCAAAAAUGUACGAUAGAUCUUCUCUUUUUCAACCUGGUCGAGCAAGAAUCUUUGAUGUUGCUGAGCCUAAUGUUUCAAGCUGCCAGAGCUCCUGCUAUACCAGAUGACAACGUCCUGAAAAGUUUUGCAGCAGACAAGGAGAAGACCAGUUAUGUUGCAAAGAUAAAAGUGGUGGUUCGUAAGAGACCAAUGAAUAAGGAGCUGGCAAAAAAAUUCCAUGAGACUAAACUCAAGGUUGAUCUAACUGGAUAUAUUGAGAAACAUGAAUUUGUCUUUGAUGCUGUAUUAAAUGAGGAGGUAUCAAAUGACGAGGUGUAUCAUGAGACAGUGGAACCCAUAGUCCCAAUAAUUUUUCAAUGCCUUAAAGCAACUUGCUUUGCAUAUGGUCAAACAGGAAGUGGUAAAACUUAUAAUAUGAAGCCAUUGCCUCUUAGAGCAUCAGGAGAUAUCUUGAGGUUAAUGCAACAUACUUACCGAAAUCAAGGGUUUCAGCUGUUGUUCAGCUUCUUCGAAAUAUAUGGAGGAAAGCUAUACGAUCUCCUCAGUGACAGGAAGAAAUUGUGCAUGCGGGAGGACGGUAAGCAGCAAGUUUGCAUUGUGGGUUUGCAAGAGUACAGAGUUUCAGAUGUAAAGAUGAUAGAAGAGCUUAUUGAGAGAGGAAAUGCCACAAGAAGUACUGGCACAACUGGUGCAAAUGAGGAAUCCUCUCGUUCGCAUGCCAUACUACAGCUUGCUGUAAAGAGGACAAUUGAAGUAAAUGAAACAAAGCUCCCAUGUCUGGUUAAGAAGCUCUAUUUCAUAGAUCUUGCUGGAAGUGAACGUGGUGCAGAUACUACAGAUAAUGAUAAACACACAAGAGGCAGUAAAUUAAUUGAGGUUCUAAGAGACUCCUUUGUUGGCAACUCUCGCACUGUCAUGAUAUCAUGCAUUUCGCCAAGCUCGGGCUCAUGUGAGCAUACACUGAACACAUUGAGAUAUGUUGACAGAGUGAAGAGCCUUUCUAAAGGGAACACUUCCAAGAAAGAUACACUAUCUUCAACCUUAAAUAUGAAGGAGUCGAUUGCUAUGCCCCUGUCAUCAAUUUUGCCUGCCGGCUCGUCAUUGGAUGAUGAUGUAACUGAUGCAUGGGUUGAGCAAGAUGAGGGAGAUGACUUCAAGGAUGUAGAGGACUAUGAGCCAGAGAAACCAGUGAGGAGAGAGAUUGGAAAGUUAGCAGAAGCUUACAAUCCUCCACCUAUCUCAGAGGACAAGUCUCGGAAACCCAAUGGCCAGACUAAAUUCAACAAUCUACCAAAACCCACCAAUAUCAAGAAGUCAGAAGCAGAUGACGAUUUAAGCUCCCUACUAAAGGAAGAGGAAGAUCUUGUAAGCGCUCACAGGAAGCAGGUUGAGGAUACCAUGAAUAUCGUUAAAGAGGAGAUGAACCUGUUGGUGGAAGCAGACCAACAAGGGAAUCAGCUAGACGACUACAUCACGAGGGAUCACAAUGUGUUGGUGGCUUCCUCUGGUUAUUAA